AGUCAGGAUUUCCAAAAUCUCGCGUAUUGGGAAUAGAAACACCGAAAAGGUCGUAGACGUCGAGAAAAAAACAGAAUCGAGGCUUCAGCAAAGGGGUCAAAAAGCAUGCCAACGUGGCUAGGACGUGCAUUUACGUUAUUGUCACUUCGUUGUCUCUCUUAUGCUCGUACCUCAUCAAGAACCGCGCGCUUUCUCGCACCACUCUUUGUACUCUUAAUCGCGUCGGUUGUCCCAACGAGAAUAACUGUAGCGUUUGGGACGAGAGUUUGGGGCGACAUGGAUGAUCACGAACACCUUAUUAGGUGUCGUCUUUGGAUUCCGCAGCAAGUAUACUGCAAAACCCACGUGUCUCCGCUGUAUCUCUUAUUUUUGCCAGAAUUUGCCUACACACCUGCAGAGGUUCAACAUCAGCAAGUCAUACGCAUUGUUGCUCGAAUGGCUGUGCAACACUGAAAAGGACGUAGUGUGAACAGCGGAUUCGUUCUCACUUAAGUGGGCCAAAUGCCUGAGAUGAUGGAGCUCGGAAGGGCAGAUGGACUGAUCCUCAGGCUGUAUCACGUCGAUAGUACAUGCCUUGUGGAAGUGACCCGUUCCCUUCAUGCACCCUAGAGUACAUACAAAUCCAUUUGACUGCG